AUGGAAAUUUAUCUUUUACGCCGAGCGGAAUGGGAAAAAUUUUACAAUUGUAAUCGAAUUAAUGUUGAGGAUGUACCUUUUGUUGAACGUUAUCAUCCUUUGAAUGGGACAAUUAUUAUAGGGCUUUUUGUAAUUUUCGAGGCUCUCUAUUUACCUUGUCUAUUUGCCAUUUACAAGCACACAGAACAUUCAUGUUAUAAACUGCUCUUUUUUAUUGGAAUAUCGGACAUGCUAAUGCUUCUUUUUCAUGGAUUAGAAUCUGGUGUAUAUAGCUUUACUGGAGAAAUGUUUUGUCCAAAUUAUAAUUUUAAUUAUGUAACAGGAUCUUUUGGAGCAGCACUAUUCGCAUUGGAGACUUCUGCAAAUAUAUUUUUGGCUAUAGACCGUUGUUGUGAUUUUAUUUCCCCAAAACUUUGCGAAUUUUUAUUUAAUGGUAUCCUAAUUACACACAUUUAUUUUUUAUUGUUUUAAUUUAAAGGAAAACGUAUUACUUUUUGGAUAGGGUUUUCAAUCAUAUUUUCUUUUUAUUAUUUCUUUUAUGUAAAUCCUGCAUUCUACAAUGGUGUUUAUAUGAAUUGGUUCAUGAAUCCGUGAGAAAUAUU